AUGGCUGUGGAAGAGUUGAUUGACCUUAAAUUCAGGCUUGCUGAUGGCACCGACAUCGGACCCAGCAAGUAUAGCCCUAGUACCACUGUUGGAUCUCUUAAAGAAAAGAUAAUUACACAGUGGCCUCAAGACAAAGAAAAUGGACCAAAAACUGUAAAUGAUGUGAAGCUUAUAAAUGCGGGAAAGAUUCUGGAAAACAACAGGACACUUGAUGAAUCCAGACUUCCAGCUGGUGAAGUUCCAGGUGGUGUCAUCACUAUGCAUGUUGUUGUGCGUCCUCCUGUUUUGGACAAAAACAAUGGUAAAUUGCAUGAUGAUUCUCCGAAGAAGAACAGAUGUACAUGCUCAAUACUGUAA